CACGAUAAAUAGUGGACACGUGCGAGGCCUGUACUCGUAGGAGCGGUUUCGAAGACCAUGAAUCGGUCCCUUUGAGUCGAUGCCGCGGACAAAUAGCACGAGACCGACGACGGCGACGCUCCAUUUCCGAACUCUCUGCUUAAAUAUCGCUGGUGCUUCCGGAUACCAGGACAGUGUGAUAGCUGGACCAAACGUUGUGACAUGGACGACAACGACAACUAUUACUAUUGUUACGAUUACUAUCUCGAUGAUAAUGGCGACGACGAAAGGGACUUCCGUCAGGAUUUUCCCGAAGAAUGCUGCUGGGAACAGGUCACGGAACCGGUUGCUCUGCAAGAUUUGGCCAAACAGGUUGCCGGUGGCGAACUUCCAACAAUCUCAGCCCGUAAAGUAAACGAACACAACAUAAAAUGUCGAAAAUCUAGAACAGCGUUUACGAAGUAUCAAUUGGGGUGGCUCGAGGGAGAGUUUGAGAAAUGUAAAUACUUGACUCGAUUAAGACGGUACGAAGUGGCUUUAAUACUUGGCCUCACAGAACGACAAGUAAAAGUAUGGUUUCAAAAUAGACGAAUGAAGAAAAAAAGGCUGAACGACGAUUCCAUUUACGAGUAAUAGGAUAACGAUUGUUUUACUUAUUAGUAUUUUAAUCGUUAAGAGAGAUCGUUGUAUUACAACAAGUUUGUACAAAAUCCGUGGCAUUGUUUUAUAAUUAUGUACAUUAGUUUUUUUUUUUUCACGGUUUAAACCUUGAUGGAAUUUGAUUGAAUAAAAUGGAUUAUUCACCUUCUAACAGAAUUAAGAGUAUUAAAAAUUAAAAACCUUU